UGAUAGUAACAAAAUAAGCAAUGUGUGGAGCAGAUAUGGUAUUACUUCAUUGAACAUCUAGUGAGGAUGAUCGUUUUUUUAAAUAGAAGAUGACUGAAAAAACAAUUUUUUUCCCAGUUGUUAAAACAUAGUGAACUCCAAGAGCUAACAUUUGUCAUGUUUACUUUGUUCUACUUUCUUUCAUCUUUCAAAAGGUUGCAGUGAUUUCUAUGGGAAGCUGCAAGCUGGGGGAUUAAACUCCAAAACCUUUCCUCAGAGAUUUUUUUUCUGACCAUCAUAUUUUUGAAAAAGCAAUGGGUUCGAGGAGGACGAUGGUAUGUUACUCUUUUGGAAAUGGACGGUCUAGCAAUGGGAACGAUGUUAGAGGGCGAAGUCGGUCCAGUAGCUUCAGCUACCUCUCCAACCUGAGGCCAGAAAACAGGAGCACAUUCUGCAGUGUAAUGGCACAGUUAGCAGAAGAAAUGCAGCCGUCCUUUGUGACUACUUUGAAAUCCAAGGCUGUGUCUGAAAACAGCAAUGUAAAGUUCACCUGUGUGGUUACAGGACACCCUGUCCCACAAGUUACCUGGUAUAAGGAUGACAAACAGCUGGAUAGAUUCUGUGGGCUGCCUAAAUACGAAAUAUUCCACAAUGGACAAAAUCAUUCCCUGCACAUUCAUAAUUGCACUGUGGACGACGCUGCAAUCUACCAAGCUUCUGCCACCAACAGUAAAGGAAUUGUGUCCUGCUCCGGGGUCCUUGAGGUUGGCGAAAUGAACGAGUUCAAGAUCCAUCAGCGUUACUUUGCCAAGCUGAAACAGAAGGCUGAAAACAAAUGCAGGCAAACACAAGGAAAAGAAAACCUGGAGCCACUGCGAACCAUCAGUCCUGACCGAACACAGAGGAAACGCCGCUCAACAAUGGAGGCCUUUGUCAGCACGCCCAACUCCAUUGAGGAUGAAAGCAAUGAGGCAGAAGGUCUACAGACUGAAUGUAGGUUGCAUGAGGGCACUGUAGAAGAGGUCUAUAAAACUCAGGCCUCAGACACAAAGGAAACGACGUCUGCUGAGCCCAAUGGACAAAUAAACAGUGACCCUGAAAACAAGAGUAGGACAUACACCUAUGAUCCUGAUCAUAAGACAUUUUCCUCUCAUCAACCAAAAUCCCCUUUUGUUAUGAAGAAGAUUAAAAUAUCCAACAAUACAACACAUCCAAAACCAGAAAAGGCUGGAGAAAGGAAUACAAUCAAAAACCACAAUUCUUUUAUAUCUCCAGUCUGUGCAAAGAAUAUACAAACCAAUGGGAAUCCAGAAGAGAUCAUGGAAGUGGAAAAUAUUUUGGAUUCAUCACUUUCACAUGCUUAUUUCAAAAAAAUAAAGGGGGAAUCUGGACAAUUAGCAAAAGAGGAGGCCAUGUUUGUUAAAAACCAGUCAAAGGAUGAAAACAUAUUUCAUAAAAGGACUGUGUCCUCACAAAGAGACAAUCUCACUACAUCAGAGUCCUCUGCUGCUACAUCUCCUAAGUCUAUGUUCGAAAAGGAGGGCAAGAAAAUAGCCAAUCACAAAAAUGAAGGCAGUUACAAAGAUACAGAAAAGUGUUUGGAGAGACAGAACCAAGUUCCUCAUGUGAUGCCUGCACAAAACGAGCCGUGCAAUAAAUUAAGACUUCUAAGCAUAAAGAAAGAGGACAUUGAUAAAGCAGAGCAUGUUAGAGCAUUGGAUAUUGAAGUUAAGUCAAACACAUUAUUGGAUGGAUCUGGUUGCAGUAAGCAGCUGGACACAUCAUGUAACGUAAUGGAUGUCUCCCCUCAAUGUUCAUAUGGACGGGGCACAGGCCCCAUCACAAGCAUCCUGAAGAUAUUAAUAGCUUUUUACAAGCAUGCCCUGUUCUGGGUUACAGAGGCUGACGGAGUCAUGAACGGGAAUGAUGCACCUGUCGGCCUUAAGCUACCACUCAACCAACACAACAUAAACCCAGAGCUGCCACAAAAGACAGAUCACAUCCUCACCUCUCCUUUGUCCGGCGGUCCUCACCCAAGCCCUGAUGGAAUAGCACAGGAUACAUCGUCCGAUUCCAGGAAACCAAAUGAAGGCUGCACAGCCAUUUUUACUCACCCUCAGAAGUCAGCACACAGAAUCCCUGGUCAUGGGGAGAGCAUCCUGGACUGUACUGUUCUGUCUGUCACCCAGCAAAGCCAGUUAAAUACAGCUAUAAAAACAUUUGAGGGGACAAAAAUACAAGAUGAGAAGAUAGAGACUGGUGAAAUACAUAAAGUAGCUGUUCAAGCUGUCAAUGGGAAGUCAAGUGUGAAGAUACUGGAAAUGGAGGCUGAAACCUCUGGCCUUCAUGGCCAAAAUCAGUCAGAAAAGACCAAAGAUGAAGGAAAAAAAGACUCUGAAGCAAAAUCUACACAAAUUCCAAUUGCUGAAACUAAGAAGAAUCAAUCCACAUUAAAAGUGUUGGAAAACACUAAUUUACACCAUAAGGAAUUUAAGUCAGGUCCGCUUGAAACUCAAAAACAAACCCUAGAAAAGACAGAAGCACCUAAUGGCAACAUAAUAUUCAGAAAAAUCCCCAAACAUGAAUCUAAAGUAAUAUCUGUUGCUGAACUGUUAAGAUCUCAAAUAAAGGCUCUUGAGUUAGGACAGAGCAAUCCAGUCUCUACUAUGUCUGCCUUCUCCAACUCAAAACCUGAUUCUAUGAUAAAUGCUAAAGGAGUGGGUCAGGAAGCAAGAAAUGGAGCAAAAAUAAAUAAACCAGAUAGGAAGACAUUCAAGACUAAGACUGAAACCGAGGAAAUUAUUGGUGGAGCACCCCACUCAAGCCUAAAGGAAACACUCAUAAAAGUGUAUCAGGAACUAAAUGAAAGGGAACAGGAACAAAAUCUGACCUCAGAUGAAACUUCAAAAACUGCUCGACCUUCACAUCAAGAUGUUGUGGUCCCUUCUAUCUCUUUCAGUGUGAAUGAUACAGCAACAGAUAUAACCCUGCCAUGUCGGAAAGUUGAAGAUGUUAUGGACACCAGUCGGGAAACUGUGGUUUCAUUUACAGAUAAAUCUAAUGUUAAGGAUAAUCCACAUUCUUUACCUUCAGAGAAUGGAUUUAUUAAGGAAAUUCAGUCAAUUUCAAAUCCACCUGUAACCAGUCCUCUGGAAUCCAGGUCAACAGCGAAUGCUGAAAAUAAUCCCCAAGAUGUACAGAGCAAUAUUAUGGAAAACUCUAAAGAUGGAACUGUCCAAGGUCCCAAAAUGAUGUCUCCUGUCCCACAACUAAACCUCAACAAUAAAUUGGAAGUGGGGAUUACAGUUUCUGAGCAACACAAGAUGGAGGAGCCUCCAAUUAAUUCCACACAGAAACUGCAAACGUAUCUUCAGUCUGACCGUGAAUCUAAAAAAAAUUUACAAGUGAAGGAUAUUCUUCUUAGAGAGGAGAGCUCGGUCCUUAAGGAAGGUUUGAGGCCUGAUCCCUUUAACAGUUUAACUCCAGAAUCCAGUCUCCUGAUUAAGAACACUGACUUUGUUUCAGAAAUCCCUUCUGCUACUCCACAAGAACUAGCCUCUGGGGCACGUCGUAAAAUCACAGCCUCUAAUGCAAAAACAGUGGAAGCUCAAGAGUCAACAUCCCCCUCAAAUAGCCAAACCCAGAAAAAAGAGAUAUCUGUACAUACCAGCACAAUGUCUCCCAGCCUAUCUCGAAGGUCAGCAUUACUGCAGCCUGCUGAAGAGCAAACAUCUGUGGUCAAAAGGCAAUCUCCACUUUUGACCAGAAGGAAGAUGGCCUCUGAAACUCAAACACAAAGCAAGCCACUCGCUGAGAAGAUCCAACCUGAGGGGACAUCUGCAGAGAAGGACAAACAUAACCCAUUUAAAGCUCCUCAGGUUAUCCGUAAGAUCAGGGGUGAAACCUUUGCUGAUGGUUCAGGACACUUGAAACUGUGGUGCCAGUUCUUCAAUGUUCUAAGCGACUCCAACAUCAAGUGGGACAAAAAUGAGGAGGAGAUUGCUCAAGUUACGAAAAGUGCAGGGGAUGAAACCCAGGUCAAUCUCGCUAUUGUUCAAGCAUCAUGCAAAGAUUCAGGAGUUUACGGAUGCACAAUAACCAAUGAAUAUGGCUCGGACUCCACAGACUUUCUACUUAGCGCUGAUAUCUUGGCCGGAAUGUCUCUGCGUGAGGACCUUGGUGUUGGGGAGGAAAUUGAAAUGACCCCCCUCAUAUUUAACAAGGGGCUGGCUGAUUCUGGUGUCUGGGGCAACAAAUUCUUUGGACGUAUUAUGAUCACAGAAUCACGCAUCGGAGAUGGAUGUUCCCAUAAAGUCUGGAGAGCCAAAGUCAUUUACGGUCUAGAGCCUGUUUUUGAUUCUGGUAACACAUGUAUAAUUAAAGUACACAGCCCCGUCAUCUAUGGAGGCAAGGUGGAAAGCUCUCUCAUAGAAAGAAACCUGCACCUCAUGAAACAGGAAUGUAGAAUUCAGAACUUGGCACGGGAAUACUGCAAAAUCUUUGCUGCGGAGGCGAGGAUCAUAGAAAACUUUGGACCCACCCUGGAGGUCAUUCCAUUGUACCUAAUGUAUAGACCUGCAAACCCCAUCCCCUACGCCACAGUGGAAACUGAUCUGAUCGGAGUUUAUAAGAAAUACACUGCUCUGGAUAAUACAGGGAGAACAGAUGUGAGGACUGGUUCUGAGGUUGAACUAAAGUGCUGUGCCUUGCAGCACUGGAUAUUUCAGUGGACUUCUGGAAAUUUCCUAAUCACUCGUCUGGAAGGUGUCGACACCAAGAUCACAAAUGUCAACGUUUCAGUCAAAACAACAGGAUACCUGGGUUUAUCUAUUGAUGGAAAUCCCAAGGUAUUUGAUCAGUUUGUUCUGCAGCAUAGGUGCAACUACUUCUGUGGCCUGCUUGGGCUAAAGUCUUUGAAGGUCAUUGACUCAUUAAGCAUGCCGGCAAGAGCAAAGGGCUCCAAGAGCCCCUUACUGCAGCGAAAGAAGGUUAUCGGUUCUUCCAGCCCACAAACCACAAGGAAAGCUGCCGGUAGCCCCAGGAUACCCAGGAAGGCUGAACAUGAAGACAAGAAGACUCAUUCACAGGAAAAAGAUUCUGAUGCUUCCAGAGAGGUGAAUAAAUUGCAGACCUGACUCCCAAUGUAUUCCACUGGAUCUUUUAAUAAAACUAGUAGCACCACAGAAGUCCCUGGAUGGAGGUAAAAGAAGUGUUAUCUAACACCAUUCCUUGCCCUAUGAUUCUAGCUAUGGAGCACCUUAGUUACAUGCCACAUUUAUAUUUAUUCUUUAGUUCUGUAAGAGGCAAUGGAGUCCAUUUAUGAAUGUAUUAUUUUUGUCAGCUGAGCACCAAAGAAAACAGGUUGCAGAAGCUAAACAUAGGUCAGUAUACUACAUACCGUAAAUAUGAUUUGUAAACCUACUCAAACUAGAGAUGUUCUACUUGUAAUAUCUUUACCACUUUACUUUUGUUACCAUUCUUAUCAGCUUAAGAAGUAAAGAGAAGAUCCAGCCUACAAAGCAUUAAAUCAUUCACAACAGAACAGGAGUUAUGAUUUACAUUUUGUUAUAAAAAUAUAUGAGAUUUAAUAGAGCUUUAUGGCACGUGAUUGGAUUAUUGGCAUUAUUACGUAACCUGAGAUGUUUCCUUGCUGUCCUUCUUUGCACUUUGCGUUUUUAAGAACUACUUUUUUGAAUGUGUCUCACUGUAUUGUAUAAUAAAAUAAAUGAUCAAACUCAUUUGUUCAGAGAUGAUUGAUCAAAUGGGUGAAACAUAGCCUGUGUUAUAUGAACUUCUUCUUGGAUUAUCUAUUCACAAUAUGCAAACAGUUUACACAGACAUUUUUAGGACUACUUCUACUAAUUCUGUGGCCUUCUUGGGCUGAAGUCUUUGAAUGUCAUUGACUCUUUCAACAUGCCGGCAAAGCCAAAGGGCUCGAAGCAACACCUUUGACUUUAUUUUCUCUUACUAACAAUGGGUUACUCACUACUAAAAACUACUUCUAUCAACCACCAAGUAGACUUGCCAUGUGAGCUGAAUAAUUCAGUCUUCAUGAUGCAGAAAUCAUUUUAUUUAUAAGAUGUUUUUAAUUGUCUCAUUUUUACAGGGAGACUAUAAGUAGAAACUUCUGAAAUGUCUUGCUAAUUCUCAUUAGAGUUGUUGCAAAUUUUGACUCUGUUGGAGGCUAUUCCGGAGAGGUGUGCAAGUUUUUUUGCACCCUGAGAAACAGAAAUGCACCCAAGCAUAAAUUUAUCUGGCCCUAGUUCUCACUUUUGAUUAGAAAUAGCCUGGCAAUAAAACAGAUCCAACACCUCUUAU